ACAGAGGAUAAUGAGAUAAUUUAUACACCACCAAUAGAAGGGAAAUGCCCCUUCCUCUUCUGCGGCGUUCACUUCAUCAGCGUUGCUGGCGCUCCUAUCCUCUCUAUCAUUCUCAGACUUCCAAUCCCUCCGCCGUUCUAUUUACCCUACUCCGUCGCUUCAUGGCCACCGCUGCCGCCGAGCCGAUUAGCCCAUCUAACACCCGUGUGGGAUGGAUCGGGACCGGCGUCAUGGGGCAGUCCAUGUGCGCCCACCUGAUUCGAGCUGGCUACAAGCUCACUGUCUUCAAUCGAACUGUCUCUAAAGCUCAACCCCUUCUUGAUAUGGGUGCUCAGCUAGCUCAGUCUCCUCACGCAGUGGCUUCCCAGUCCGACGUCGUUUUCUCUAUCGUCAGCUACCCUUCUGAUGUGCGUUCGGUCCUUCUGGACCCCAGAUCUGGUGCUCUCUCCGGACUUAACUCCGGUGGAGUUCUCGUAGACAUGACUACAUCAGAACCCUCCCUUGCUGUGGAAAUCGCUUCCGCUGCCGCCUCCAAAGGCUGUUACUCCAUUGAUGCUCCCGUCUCCGGCGGUGAUCGCGGUGCUAAGAAUGGAAUCCUCGCAAUCUUCACUGGGGGAGACUCGUCUGUAGUUCACCGUUUGAGCCCAUUAUUUUCCCUCAUGGGGAAGGUUAAUUAUAUGGGUAGUAGUGGGAAGGGGCAAUUCGCAAAGUUGGCUAAUCAGAUUACGAUUGCUUCAACCAUGGUUGGGCUUGUGGAGGGUAUGGUGUGUGCUCACAAGGCUGGUCUUGAUGUGAGCUUAUAUUUGGAUGCAAUUUCGACUGGAGCGGCGGGUUCGAAGUCCCUGGAUUUGUAUGGGCACAGAAUCUUGAAGAGGGAUUUCGCGCCGGGAUUCUACGUGAAUCACUUUGUGAAGGACUUGGGGAUUUGUUUGAAGGAGUGUCAGAACUUGGGCAUUGCUUUGCCUGGGCUGGCUCUUACUCAGCAGCUUUACUUGUCGCUUAAGGCUUAUGGUGAAGGUAAUUUGGGAACUCAAUCACUAAUUCUUGUUCUAGAGCGACUCAACAAUGUUACUCUUACACCAGGUGCUCCGGCGACUUAGGUUGGUAACUCUUGAUGCUAAUUAAGUAAUGCAUUGUGGAGAAUGGGAAUAAGUCUAGUUUACAAUGAACAUGUGGGUACUACAUUACUAUAUUAUAUACCAUCCCUUCUGUUGAACAAGAGAUUAUCCUAUAUGAUGAUAGAUGUUGCUUGUGUAAGAUUGCUUCAAUGUGGAUUGUGUUCUUUGGAUUGAUUACAUAUAUUAUAAUCUGAUAAAUCCUCGGUUCUGAACU